CUUUGGCAUUUUCAUGGUUUUAUUUAUUGCGCACAAACGUAUAAAACUUGGUACUGGUCUAAGUGCCAAGCUUAACAGUGGAAAGGACCACGUAACUACUGAUGCAGUAAACGGGCUUCUCCUUCUAAAAGACAUUUUCUGGACUCUUGAGACUUUUGAGUAACAUGGCAGUGAAGGAUUUCAUCACCUGGCAUCUGCUGGCUUUGUUUUUAAUUCCAUUUUGCCUGUGUCAAGAUGAAUACAUGGAGGUGAGCAGAAGAUCUAAUAAAGCAGUGGCCAAAGUAUUGCAAAGUCACCACCAGACUGGACAUAAAGGUUCCAGCAGCAGGGAAAUUUUGAGACAGCGGAGUCAACUUAUAGAGUCAACUAUUGAUGAUAAUAGCACUUCUACAGACCAAAAAGCCCAGAGACCAGAGGUAGAUGAUGUAGCACAGACUACCUCAGACAGAGUCCAGCCCCCUCAAAGUGGACCUCAACAUCCAGACUGCAGUAGCUGCUGCCGUGGAGAGUUUGGAUUUCGAGGCUAUCAAGGGCCACCGGGACCUCCAGGGCCUGCUGGAAUGCCAGGAAAUCAUGGAAACAAUGGAAAUAAUGGAGCACCUGGCAAUGAAGGAGCCAAAGGUGACAAAGGAGACAAAGGGGACCUGGGACCAAGGGGAGACCGUGGCCAUCACGGACCAAAAGGAGAGAAGGGUUACCCUGGGAUUCCACCGGAGCUUCAGAUUGCAUUCAUGGCUUCUAUGGCAACCCAUUUCAGCAAUCAGAACAGUGGGAUAAUCUUCAGUAGUGUUGAAACCAAUAUUGGAAACUUCUUUGAUGUUAUGACUGGUAGAUUUGGUGCCCCAGUGAAUGGGGUGUAUUUCUUCACCUUCAGCAUGAUGAAACAUGAGGAUGUGGAGGAAGUGUACGUGUACCUCAUGCACAAUGGCAAUACAGUUUUCAGCUUAUAUAGCUAUGAAUCAAAAGGAAAAGCUGACACAUCAGGAAACAGUGCAGUGCUAAAACUUGCCAAGGGAGAUGAAGUUUGGCUGCGAAUGGGGAACGGAGCACUCCAUGGAGAUCAUCAGCGUUUCUCCACCUUUGCUGGGUUUCUUCUUUUUGAAACAAAGUAAAAAAAAAAAGUGCACUUUUAGGCAGCUUUUUUUUUUUUCCAAGCUGUUCUGUUUUUUUUUCCUGGUCUGUGGCACAACAUUUCAACAUGGCAGGAUCAGGAAAGCUUAUCCCGAUGCAUUAUGUUGGUAUUCAUGUAUCAGAGGUGCUGAACACAUUGGGUAAAUGACAUAGAUGCUAUUUCUCGGAAGGUACAUUGUCACCUGGGUUGCACCUAAUGGACCGUUACAUGUUUCUAUUGGGGGAGCCAAAAAAAA